AAAAGCAGAGGCAGGAUCAAAUCCGCCUUAAUCUGGAUUAAUCUGACGCGAGGAGGGGACUUUUUGUGUCGUCGGUGAGGGGAAUUGAACUGAAGCCACUUUGUCCACGGUCUCCAUGGCUCAGCGUGGACCUGCCCUGUCCUGCAGCUAACCACGACUUCAAGCUGUCACUGUGUUUUUUUUGUUGUUGUUACUCUUCUUUUUCUUUUUCUUCCAAUCAAGUUGCCAAUAAUGACUGAGAUCAAUGAGAUGGAGAGCGACUCUCAGCUUCAGCUGCACACACAACCGCUGCCAUCAUCUAAGCUGCAGAGGUUGAAGCGCUCGCUGUCCUUCAUGCGCAGCAAGAGCGUGGAGAACUUCUUCCAAAGAUCCUACAGCGACGCUCGCCUCCCCCCGGAAUUUAUCACGGACCCGCCUCCGCCCUCGCCGCCGCCGGGCUCGCCCCUGGUGGGCGAGGUCUGCUCUCCGUCUCGCUCGCCGUCCAUCAGCCCCAACCCUUCCAUCUCGUCGCACUCUCCGUCCCUCAGCUUGUCCCCGUCGUUGUCCUCCAAGCCGGUCCAGACUCAGAUCACACACUGCUUCCAGGACCACGUCUUUCGCAAGACCACCAGCUGCCAGCUCUGCAAGAACAUGAUCGUAGGAAACUCCAAACAAGCUCUGCGCUGUAAAACCUGCAAGUUGGCAGCUCACCUGUGGUGCACUUCAGAACUUUCACAGCAGCCGUGCUACGGCAAGUCUGGCGCCUUCAAGCGAAACUUCAGCUCGCCCAUGCUGGUCACUGACCAACUGGCCGUCGUCAAGGAAGUGCAGCCGAGCCAAGAGGCGGUGCGGGCACGAGUGGACCCUGUUUACGCCGCCUUGCGUUUCGGGACGUCGCUGGCGCAGAUGAGCCGCUCCAGUUUCGGCAGCAUGUCGGAGUCGCCGACGCGCAGCCUGGGUGAGGUGAGUGAGGAAAGCCAGGUGAGGCAGUCCAGCAUGGAAGACGAGAUCCCUCCGGAAACAGCGGGUCCAGAUUUGGCUACACAGGAUGUGGAGGUGGACAAGGAGGAAGACGAGAGUCAAGUUGAGACCCUCGCCGAGGUGACCCCCAAACGCAUCGAGGUGCACUCCAUCCACACCUACGUGGCGCUCUACAGUUUCUUGCCUCAGGAGCACAACGACCUGGAACUGCAUCCUGGCGAUCGAGUGCAGGUUACUGACGACUCCAACGAGGAGUGGUGGAAGGGCAAGAGUGGCGACAAAGUGGGUUUUUUCCCUGCCAAUUUCGUGCAGAGGGUCCGCCCGGGGGAGCGAGUGUGGCGCGUCAUUCAGGGAACAUCUGGCAACCGAGAGAGAGGCCACAUGAUCGUGAAGGAAGCGCAGAUCUGCGUGGGCAAGCGAGAAGACGGCGAGGUGUUUGUGAAGCUGAGCAGCGGCAAGAAGAGAGGCCUCGUCCCCGCCGACUCCAUCGAGGAGAUCUGAGCUUCCCGCGGAAAGUCGAGUCCCGAAACUCUGAGCCAUCGUCUUCAGGGACCCGGCAACACUGGACCAUCCUUGUGGACCCCCUGACGAGGACGUAGAAGAUGAAUAGUCUCCUCACUGUAAGUCUUAAUGGACUCCCUGGAGCGGCUGUAGUGGACUCUUACUGAUUGUUUACAUUUUGGCUACAGCCGCCAUUUUUGUUUUUAUUCUACCGGCGUACCGACGUGGGAGCAGCCUGUCACAGGAACGCCACGCUUCUGUCCUUUUCCACUCCUUUCUACCCACUUGCCGUGACUCAUGCAGCAUAUGCUCCUGUUGGGGCCUCCGUCGCGUUAGCAUGACACCUUGGCACGGACAUCCAAGCUACAUCGAGACUGAUAAUUAAAGAUAACCAAGAAACAACAUUGAUUUGCACUUCUUAAUGUAUUUAAUCGUGUAUUUAAAGUACCUUUCUAAUCUCAUUAAUUUCAUGAACAUUGCUUAAACCAGUGUUUUUCAACCACUGUGCCGCGGCACACUAGUGUACCGUGAGAUAUUGUCUAGUGUGCCGUGGGAGAUGAUGUAAUUUCACCUAAUUGGGUUAAAAAUAGAGAUGUCCGAUAAUAUCGGACUGCCGAUAUUAUCGGCCGAUAAAUGCUUUAAAAUGUGAUAUCGGAAAUUAUCGGCAUAGGUUUCAAAAAGUAAAAUGUAUGGCUUUUUAAAACGCCGCUGUACGGAGUGGUACAUGGAUGUAGGGAGAAGAACAGAGCGCCAAUAAACCUUAAAGGCACUGCCUUUGCGUGCCGGCUCAAUCACAUAAUAUCUACGGCUUUUCACACACACAAGUGAAUGCAACGCAUACUUGGUCAACAGCCAUACAGGUCACACUGAGGGUGGCCGUAUAAACAACUUUAACACCGUUACAAAUAUGCGCCACACUGUGAACCCACACCAAACAAGAAUGACAAGCACAUUUCGGGAGAACAUCCGCACCGUAACACAACAUAAACACAACAGAACAAAUACCCAGAACCCCUUGCACGCACUAACUCUUCCGGGACGCUACAAUAUCAGAUCAGAUCAGAUCAGAAAUACUUUAUUAAUCCCCGAGGGGAAAAUUAAAUUUUCAGCACAAUCCCAUUCAAGAUCAGACAAACAUUACAGGGAGACAGAACAGGAUCGCUUACGGGUCUGCCAACUUCCGGAGCCCUUUACAAAAAAGGUGAGAUAUAGGUAAACAAUGGGGGGUGGAUGGUUUGGGGGGUGAGAAAAAAAAAAAAUUGGUCAAAGCCUGGGCCCCUGGAGAGGGGGCCCAGACUGAGGCCAAAGGAAAAAAACAACUCAUAGCCCCAUAACACACACCCCGCUACCCCUUCCCCCCUUCCCCCCCCCACCUCACUCCUCCGUGUCCCAAAUUCAGAGCUGCUGUUUUGAGGCAUGUUAAAAAUAAAAUUAAUGCACUUUGUGACUUCAAUAAUAAAUAUGGCAGUGCCAUGUUGGCAUUUUUUUUUUUCCAUAACUUGAGUUGAUUUAUUUUGGAAAACCUUGUUACAUUGUUUAAUGCAUCCAGCGGGGCAUCACAACAAAAUUAGGCAUAAUAAUGUCUAAUUUAUCGGUAUCAGUUGAUAUCGGAAUCGGUAAUUAAGUGUUGGACAAUAUCGGGAUAUCGGAUAUCGGCAAAUAAGCCAUUAUCGGACAUCUCUAGUUAAAAAUAUUUUUCGCAAACCAGUAAUAAUAAUCCGCAAAUGUGGCGUUGUUGAGUGUCUGUUCUGUCUAGAGCCCGGCAUAUCAGUAGGUGGCAGCAGGUAGCUAAUUACUUUGUAGAUGUCGGGAACAUGGUUUGUCGUAAUCACAAUAUGCGGGAGGCAGCGUGCAGGUAAAAAGGUAGCUAAUGCUUAAACCAAAAAUAAACAAAAGGCAAGUGCCGCUAAGAAAAGGCAUUGAAGCUUAGGGAUGGCUAUGCUAAGCGAAGCUAAAACUGAACCGGCUGCAAAGUAAACAAUAACAUAAUGCUGGACGACAGCAAAGACUUACAGCGUGUGGAGCAGACGGCGUCCACCAAGUACAUCCGUACAUGACAAUCAACAACAAAAACACGACACACAGGAAUACACCAAAAAACUCCAAAUAAGUCACGGCGUGAUGUGACAGGUGGUGACAGUACACCUACUUUGAGACAAGAGCUAUAGUGAUGCAUGCUUGGUUAUGGUUUGAAUUCGUAUCCAACAAUUGCGAGAACGACUUUUUACUGUCAAUAUCGGCUGCUCAGUUUCAGUUUUUUAUGUUUUCUGCUGGUGGUCUGCCUCUGGAUUUUUUCAAUGAAAAAAAUGUGCCUUGGCUCAGAAAAGGUUGAAAAACGCUGGCUUAAACAUCCAUACGUGACAAACUGUCUUCAUCUAAGACAGGGGUCGGCAACCCAAAAUGUUGAAAGAGCCAUAUUGGACCAAAAAUACAAAAAAAAUCUGUCUGGAGCCGCAAAAAAUUAAAAGCCUUAUAUAAGUCUUAUAUGAAGACAACACAUGAUGUAAGUGUCUAUAUUAGCUAUAUUAGCCUACUAACAAAGGCUGACGCAAAUCUUCGUUGACAGAAAUGUUGUAUUUUAAUUUUUAUUCUACACAUUUUUGCAACAUUGGAAAUCAUUAGUAAAAUGGAGGCUUCUCACAGGAUGAGAUAACUUCUGGAAAUUACUGUCUUAGAAAGGCCAAAAGGUAUAGAUGUGUGUGUCAAGUUAAAGGAAACGGCAGGCUGUCUUCUUCUAAUGGAUUUAUUACAAUCUUUGCAAGCUGGGUAACGUUUGCUGUGGUCUGGAACAACAUGGCACACAAACACGAUGAUGCAAUAUGUACAUACAACUAGCAUAAACAGCAUUUUAGCAUUGAUUAGCUUGCAGUCAUGGACUGACCAAAUAUGCCUGAUAAGCACUCCAGCAAAUCAAUAAGAUCUACAAAGCUCACCUUUGUGCAUUCACGCACAGUAUAAAACGUUUGAUGGACAAAAUGUGACAAAGAAGAAGUGGCAUAAAACACGUCUUUCUUUGGCAGCGUCGGAGAAAGUUGUACAUGUAAACAAACUACGAUGGGUUCAAGGAUCGCUGAAAUUAGUAGGACAAAACGGUGCUUGCCAAAAACUCUCAUCAGGGAAGCAUGUGUAACAUAAACAGUGGGAUUUCUAACAACUAGGAAGGUUUGUGUCAUGUGUCAUUCCCUACAGAAAAUAUAUUAAAACAAAAAAUAUAUUUUUUUCUUCAUCUUUUUCCAUUUUCACACAUCUCUUAAAGAGGUCCAGUGAGCCGCCACUGGGGCGGCGCUAAAGAGCCGCAGGUUGCUGACCCCCGAUCUAAGCAAUAUUGAAUACCAGGACAAAGGUGCUUAUUUUUCACUUUCUAUGUUUGAGGAAUUUGCUCAUCUUGACUCAAAUGUAUACUGAAAUGUGAAAUAUCCAUCCAUCCAUCCAUUUUCUACCGCUUGUCCCUUUCGGAGUCGCGGGGGGUGCUGGAGCCUAUACCAGCUGCACUCGGGCGGAAGGCGGCGUACACCCUGGUCAAGUCGAAAUGUGAGAUAUAUUUCUUAAAAUAAGCAAAGGCAACAGAAAACAAGGACAUUUCACUUGGUAAUUUAAUAUUUAUGGUACUAGGCAAAAUGCUAACAUGUGAAUUUUAUCAUUUUUACAAUGG